CAAUUUCCCUUACCUACAUGGUUCUGAUUCUGCAGAGGCUACGAACCUUGUAGACAAUAUUCAUUUUAUAGAAAAUUUAUUCAGUUGCCCACUGGUGAACAAAUUAUUAGAAAGACAUUGAACCAACAAAUUGGCAUUUAUACCCUGAAUUUCUUUUUCUAAUUUCUUUGUUAGUUGUGGCUUUUUCAGCAAAUUGUCCAAAUUUCCCUGUAUUGAUAGCUGUUCAGAGAAUUAUUUUCACUGAGCACCAUAUCAACCAUGUCUUCUGUUGAAUCUAAAGAGCAAAUCUCUCCACAGUCUGCUAUAGAGCCAACAUCCCCCAUGCUGGACAACGAAGCGGCUACUGCCCUGCAAGAAACCACCACAGCGCCCGAGCAUGAAGCCAGCCCGCUCAUGGAUGUGGAUGUCAUCAUGCAGGGCUUCCAAGAAUGCCUCAAAGAAGAGGCCCUUGGAGUAGAUGGAUAUAUCAGGGCAUACAGUGAGAUGACCAAGUUUUUCGAGGGAUUGGGUACUAUGUUCAACUUCAUCACUAACGAUCUCGUUUCCAAAGUGGCGGUUUGCUUCUGUUAUUUGUCAGGACAACGGACUGCAGAGUUUGUGAGCGGUUUCUUAAGGCAGCUUCAGUCAGUGAGCAUGGACACCAAACUUGCCCCCAUCGCCAAGCCAAUAUACGCGGAGACGCUCGCCAAGCAUCACCCGUGGCUCAUCUGCAAGACGGUGGGCGCGGUGAUGCUGCUGCUUCCUGACAAGAAGGUCAUGGUGGCCAGGCUUUUUGGGGAAUCUGAAGCCGCUAUUGAAAAGUCAAUGAAGAAGAUCCCCGGCCUGGUCACAGUAAUGGACAAAGUUUAUGAAGCAACGCAGAAGUUUUAUUCUGAUUACGAUAUGCUCAAUUUGCCUUAAAUCUUAUGGAUUCGGAGAAGAGAUUCCUCCUAUUCUGAGAUUACACCUGCUUUGAUUGUGAUGUGAAUAUUUUUAUAAUCUUUGGUUAGCACGUAUCAUGCUGUGUAGGGAGAACUCCAAUAUUGUGCUUUGACUGAACAUUUCUGAUCACAAGAUUAGAAAUAAAGUUGGAAUGUUUGCUGCAUUGGAGCAAUAGUGCACCGUAGUGAUGAAUUUCAUUUCAUGUGAAUUUGCAAAAUAUGUGCGGACUUGGGCAUGCGAUUGAAUGGACUCUUAGACAGCACUGAAAGUUUUAAAAGAUCAUAUUUUCUUUUUAAUGUUGCGCACGCAGUUCGGGAUUGGGUCACAUCCAUUACAUAUGUUACGUGUGGUUUCUUUAUGUUUCUUCAUUGUCUACUUACUAAUUUGUUUUGAGUUUCUGUCGUUUUGAAAUUUGUAUCGAGAAGUAUUAGAAUUUUUACGUAUUGUUAGUAAUGAAUGUUUGUGUGAAGUACUUACUUUGAUCUGAUUAUUGAUGUGCGAUAUUGUUAGCGUCACCAGCACCAUUUAACACGAAUAAACUGUUGGUAAGAAUAGCAUGUGAGGCGUAAAAUUUGCCUCUGCUUCACGAGGUUAGUGGGGUUAACUUCUGGUGUGAGAAAGCUAGCGCUCAUUUAAGACAGACAGUUGGGUGCGUCAAGUCUGUUGGCUUGAGUAAGCUUCUUAGUGUUGUUCCAGAGGGCAUCCAUGCGCCAAGCACUAGUGUUUGCUAUUUUAUCAUAGUAGAGUAUAGCAGUGUCAGCGUUGAUUUGGCCGUUAGAUCUGUCGCCGAUUCUUAACAUCGCAGAACAUUUACAGCUUGUUGCGGUCUCGAACAUGCAGCUCGCUGCUUUAAUUUUCCUAUGCUUAACCACCCCGCAUCCUCGCACAUUUGACCAGAAUAGUGUCAUGUUGCUGGGAUCGAACCUAGAACUUACUGCUCUAAUAAUCCUGGUACUUUGAACUGUCCUCACUGGGCCACCCUGCCUCUUAUGUCCGUGUGCAGGCGAAUUUUUGUACAAGGUCUGGCCGCUCACGCCUGCCCUCUUAGACUCGUCUGUGGAUGGCUUGAGCUGUUUAGUCUGUACCAGCUGGAGCACACUCCAAAUCUUACCCUAUAUUUCCUCAAGAGCUUAUGAUUGGAGACCCAAUGACCUUUAGUGAAAUACAGUGUAAUUAAUUUGCUGAAGCUCCUCAAAUGAAUUAAUCAAGUGAAUAUGACGGGACCGCCGAGUGAAAAACUGAGAUUCAUAUCGAACUUAUGUGUCAAAAUGGCGAACAAAUGCUUAUUAUGGCAUUUAAGCGUGUUAAAAUAGAAAAAUAAUUAAUAAACCAGUUGAAUAUCAAUAUUUAGCUUUUAAAAUGCGAAUCGGUUGUGUUACAUCGUCGCGGGAAAAACACGUUAUGUGAACACCGAGACCUGCUGACGCUACAUCUGCUACGGUACUUGAACGCUGCCAAAGCAUCACACUCCAGAGCGGCUCACUAUCUAUGACAUUUGUGAGAUAUAGAAAAAUCCUGUACUCAAGUCACAUUUACGAUGAGAAAAGUGAGCAAUGAUGCAGUCAAGAGCGUCAUGCUUUGAACGUGCAACAUGUGGAGGUUUUCGGACAGCUUGAUUGGUGGUCAAUUUCAAUUGCAUUCCCUCCAAUGCCUUGUGCAGGACCCCACUACCAUAUCAUUUUUGGCUGUUAUUGGGACUUAGAGCGUUUUUUAGUUUGGUUGUUUGCGUCUGAUUUUGUUUUUUACGUGAAUUAUCGUGUUUAGAACAUUUUUGAUUGUAAGAUAUUUAGUUGACAUACGUAUAUCUUAUAUAAGCAACUCGUUUAGGGGUGAUACAUAUAGGUUUGUGUCUUGUUAGAUAUUCAUUCAAUCGAAGUAUUAUUUUUUAAUAGUUUUAAAGUUGCUAAAUCUUGCUGUAUUUUCACAGCAACCACACUAGAUAAUUUGCAGCACAUUACAUGUAUAUUAAGGCUGGUAGUCAAAGUGCGGUGAAGUCUGAGAGCGAGGUGUUCGCGACCAUCCUGUGGGAUACUCGAUCGGCCUUAAGCUCGGCUACUCGCUACCCUUUAGUCUUUGUAUUAUGAUAUUCCAGCCAGUCCCUUUUUGCCGGGUAUCUCUGAAGACCGUCAGGGGUACCAAACAAUCAUUGCAAUACGGCAUCGGACGGCGUUCGAUCAGGUAGCUGUGAGUGAGGCGCGUGUGGCCGAUCCUUAGUCUGCACAGCGCUACCUCCAUCUUCCAGGAUUUCUGGUAUGAUGAACUCUACGUUUGUACACAAUCCUGAAUUGUUCUUAGUUUGUUCCCACCAGAUAUGGCGGAUGCUUGCCUUGAUGAUAGGGUAGUGGUCCCGGCAAGGGACCUGCUCACUAUGGAUCGCCUGGUCCGAUGACGCCGCCUUGUCCGCCCUCUCGUUGCCUCGCACCCCCACGUGUCCGGGCACCCAGCAGACGUUCACCUAGGCUCACUCUCCCGUAUAUUAACUGUUAAAUAUAUGAGAUUUUCACUCCACGUACAAUACUGCUCGAUUGUAACUAGUUUUUGGUAGGUAAUAUCUACAAGGAGGCUGAUAAAGAAAUGCUGAAUAUACCAUUCAGUGGAGAAUAACAGUUAGAACGCGUUGACAUCUUGAAAUACAUGUGACGGUCAGACUUGAUGAACAUUAAUAUUUAAAAUUUCAUGACAAUUCCUACAUCAUAACUCAUUCAAUACGCAGUUUGUAGAUUUUUUUUGCUACUGUUCACCAUCUGUAAAUAAAUAGCUGGGUAAGCAUGAAAAAAAUUCAUUUCGCCAUCUCAUUAACGAGUGGAGUGAAGUCCAGCCUAAUUAGUGAAGAAGCUCGUAGGGAAGAGCCGAGCCUGUUCGAAGCCUCGCGGUUCUCAAUACCAACCUUGAAAGCCCGCUUUCUGACGUUGCCACGUUCCUGUUGCUGGCAGCAAAACACUAUUGGGAUAUUAGUGUUGCAACUUAUCGUCGCCUAUUAAAGUAAGAGCUUGUAUACGGUUGUCAAUUUAGUCGUUCGUGUAAAUGCUGCUCAAAGUUUUUUUUGCAUUCCAUUAUAUGACGGGAUUAUCCCCAAAUAUGCGAUGUCAGAUGUGUAUAAAUUACUGGCGUUUUGAUAGAGGUGGCCCAACGCCUCGUCAUACGAGGCAUAUCAUUGGGACAUUUCAUCAUUAUAGCAAUUAACCAUUAAAUUUCAUCAUUGUAUAAAGUGCGUUCGCAAACGUAAGGACAUGUAUGAUAGGUUUAAUUGGUUAAUGAUGAAAUGUCCUAAUGAAAUGUUUCCCAUGACGAGGUGCAAGGGAAACGUUUGAAAGAUCAUACAUACGGUCCAAAAGGUAUACUGGUUAAACUGCUGUUUCACGAAGUUAGAGUGAAUGGCCGCGAUUGUUUGUAAAGGGGAGGGGACUUCAUGGCUCACGAAGUUAUCGUGUCUAUUUGAUUGUUGUCUACUAUGUUGAGUUCUUUCCCUUUUUUGUAAUGUAGGGUUAUUGGUUUGGUGAGGAUUGUUUGACGAUAGGCUUUUCAUUUAACCAGUUAAAAACUAUAUCAAUUCAUCUAUGGUUUCUUACUGUGUCGUGGGAAUGUUCUACACAAAUAUAAAACCUGAAAUUAUA